AUGGCAUCUGCUGUUGUCCCCCUGUUCCUGUCUUUAAUCAAAGCCAAGCCUCUGCCAGUCACGUGGUGCACUGUGUCCGAUGCCGAGGAGCGCAAGUGUUGGGAUUUGGCCGGAAAUGCCACUGCCAGGAGCAUCGGCCCCAAGCUGCAGUGUGCGCGUGGCCUACACGCUCUAGACUGCAUGCAGAAAAUUAAGAAUGGGACAGCAGAUGCUGCCACUAUGUAUGCGGAUGAUGUCUACACUGCAGGAUGGUGUCAUGGCCUGGAGGUGGCGGCAGGGGAGUCCUAUAAUGGAGAGGAUGGUAUAAGUUACUAUGUGGUGGCACUGGCCAGGCGCUCCUCUGGUGACCUGUCCCUGCUGGAGAUGCAUGAGCGCAGCUCCUGCCACCCUGGUAUCCGUACAACGGUGGGCUGGACGGUGCCCAUUGGAUUCCUGGUCAACACCUCGCAGAUUAGUGUCAACGAGCAAUGCAAUUUCCCCCAAGCCGUGGGGGAUUUCUUUGGCUACAGCUGUGUCCCUGGGGUGAAGGACCCUGAGCACGACCCCAGGGGAAGGAAUCCCAAGAACUUAUGUGAGGCCUGCAUUGGGGAUGACAAUGAUCGGCACAUCUGUGCCAACGGCCCCCAGGAGAGGCAUUUUGGGGAAAGUGGAGCUUUGAGGUGUGUUGCUGAGAACUUGGGUGAUGUAGCCUUUGUGAAACACACGACAGUCUUUGAAAACAUGCAAGGCAAAAAUCAGGAGUCGUGGGCUUUGGAUUUGGAGCUAGAGGACCUUAAGCUUCUGUGUCCGGAUGGGAGGGAGGCAGGUCUCUCUGACCACCUAAGGUGCCACCUGGCAGCUGUGCCUGGCAAUGCGGUAGUGGUACGUCUGGAGGACAAGUGCAGGGUCUACAAGUUCCUGAAGCGCGUGGAGAUGGCAUUUGGCAACACCACACAGGGUUUCUCACUCUUCAGCUCCUUGACCUAUGGGGGCCAUGACCUUAUGUUCAGCGAUGCCACACAGAAGUUGUUGCGUGUGCUGGGAGGGUAUCGUUCAUGGCUAGGGCCCAGUUACACCACUGUGCUGCAGGCCUUUGAAUGUGAAGGUGAGCUAUACUAAAUACCUGGGUCUGAUGUCACUUGAUCCUCCAACCCCCCCCAGAGUACAGAGUGGGGGACAGACUGUAGACACAAUGAAUGUGGGACAGCUUUGCAGCACCAGCUUUCUCAGCAGUCAACUUUGAAUGAAUAAAUUCAUUUUA